GGGUGUUCUUGUCAAUUUUACCCCUAAUUUCUUUGGGUUUUCGAGAGAACGGGCGCUUCCUUUUAGACGCCUAAAGUGGGACUUCAAGUCCCAGCGUGCCGUGCGAAGAAAUAUUUUUCAAAUAAAUGUACAAUACAGGCAAAUCAGAAGAACUCGAAAGAAGAGGCGGAAGCGCUGCUCCGGCAGCCGCGAACAGACUUUGAGAGGCGGGGCGCUGUACGGUGGCCGAGAGGGGCGGCUGUUUCCGCAGCACGAUGGAGUCGAUGGUGUUCAUAUUUUCGCUCAUUGAUUGCUGCGCCCUGAUUUUCCUUUCCGUUUACUUUAUAAUUACACUAUCAGAUUUGGAAUGUGACUAUAUUAAUGCCAGAUCCUGCUGCUCAAAACUAAAUAAAUGGGUGAUCCCUGAAUUGAUUGGCCAUACCAUUGUCACUGUAUUAAUGCUUAUUUCACUGCACUGGUUCAUCUUCCUCCUCAAUUUUCCUGUGGCAACGUGGAACAUAUACAGAUAUAUCAUGGUUCCCAGUGGAAACAUGGGAGUAUUUGACCCUACAGAAAUCCACAACAGAGGGCAGUUAAAAUCGCACAUGAAAGAGGCCAUGAUAAAGCUUGGCUUUCAUCUUCUUUGCUUCUUCAUGUAUCUUUACAGUAUGAUCCUGUCUUUAAUAAAUGACUGAAAAUGAAGUGGCCAAAUGAAAUAUUAUGGUUGCCAAAUUGAUGUUACUCCAUUGAAAUACUAUGAAGCCACGAGCAACUCUCAAGAAAAUCCAGACCAGUGAUGUCAUGCAGUAUAUUUUUUCCUCUUUGAACAAAACAUAUUUUUGCUGUAUUUUUAACAUAUAAAGUAUUUUAGAAACUACAAUACUAUGUUUUUGCAACUAUUGUUUUGUUCUUACUCAAAUCCAUUUUCUUACUGUAUUUAAUUCUUAUGUAAAGAUUUUGCAAGAAUACUGGUUACUCAAUGGAGCAAAUUCACUUAUUGCAGUGAAGCAGCAGCUAUAACCAUUUCAUUGAAGAUUUUAUCAUAUAAAAGGAAGCUUACUAGAGACCAAUGACCAAUGUUUUCUUUCCUAGAGGCAAUAUUUUAAAUAUGGUUCACUUUUGUGUUUUUUAAACUGAAGGCUGAAAUAUGUUCAGUGUAUAUAUGAGGUGUUUGAGAAAGUACUUCACAAAAUAUUGUAGCAGCUAUGUGGGACCUGUGAAUAUAUGUAUUCAUAGUUUGCCUGUAUUAUAAUGGCAAUAAGCCACAUCUAAAUUGAAGCUGUGCAGUAUAACUGCAAUCCCAUUUGCUGUUGGACAUUUGGUACUAUAAUCAGUUCAAUACAGAUUGCAAUCUUCCAAGCUGAAGAUCACACCUACAGCCACUGGUUCAGUAAACAGCCUGAUGUUGCUUGCCUGUUAAGACAGCUGCCAGUCUAGUUUUUGUAGCGUAAGAUUUAUGGGGAUGGCUUUGUGCUCCACGUGAGUAACUCAGCAGUCUGAGCAGUAUGGGAUCCAUUCUCACAAGAAAUCUUGCUGGAUAUUCAUGGAUUGAGCAGUUGCAUGAUCAUAUGUGAAUGCAUCUUAGAAAGGAAAGGAACUUCUGUUCCUUUCUAGAUUGAAAUAGAAGUCAAAGCUUAUAAAGCUAAGAACUAAUCAAAUCCAGUUAUUUAUUUUGUUUAUUGAACUGGAAAGAGGGAAUACAAAUAUUUGUUAAGUGCUGUGCACCAACAUGGAAAAGUUUAAUUAAAAAAACUCGAAUAGACAAUCAGGAAUUAAUGUAGCUUGACUUGAACGAUUUAAGAUAUGUUUAAUAUACUACAUAUUUAUAAAAUAAAAAAUUAAUGUGCCCCAUAAAUUAGUAAAACCAGUGAAAAUAAAUACGGAGCCCCAAAAUUCAUGUUUAAUGUCAGAAAAGAAAUUUAAACUACUUAAUAUAAUUCAAGAGGAAAGUAACAAAAUCCAGAAAAUUUAAUAACGCAAUCCUUUGAAACAUUUAAUAUCAGUCCAUAGCAAAUAGUCAUUACAUACCAAAAGCUCUAAGUGUUAACUAGUUCCACCACAACUCCAUAUAAAUCUUGACAAUUUAGAAAUUUGAGAACAGUAAAAGUUCUUUUCUUGAUCUCUACAGCUUGGUUUGUAAAUACACACACACUUUCGAGAAUGUUUCUUCCUCUUACAUUUUUGGAGCCAAUAGCUUUUUCCAUCUGUGCCAGUAAGUGUUAAGAAUCAAAUCUAGUACACUUAUUUUUAACAAUGAAACACUUAAAAAAUGGGGCACACUGUACUUCAAAUUUAUAAAAAUAUAUUUGUAUUAACCAAAUUUUAAUGUUAGAGGACAAGACAAAUACACACAACAUGACUUAAAAUUAUUCAGUAAAACAUGACAUGUACCUAAUUGGUUCCAUGACUGAUUCUGUUUUACACACACAUUCAUACCAUACACACUUUGCUGAAUUCUUCUACAUGAAGUCAGCAAGUAGCAAACAGGUUUCUAUUUUGUGUUCCAGCAACAAGAGCAGCUAUUGCAGACAACACUGCACACAUCAGUUAAGUCCUCCCUAUUCAAAAAUGUUUCCAAAAUGAUAAUUAUCUGUUAUACAAGUGGUUUGUUGUAUGGCAGUUGAAAAUGGAUGCAAGCCAAUGCAAGUUAUAUAUAUAGAUACAGAUAUAUCUACAUAUAUGGAGUAUUAACGAUACAUGGUUAGUAAUUUAUCUGAAAUGCAUCAAUCCGAGGCAACCUGUGUGCUUUGGGGUACAGAUAAAGGGCACCAAAUCUUACUGAAAAUUGGCUCAUUUUCCCUUUCUGCCCCAAAUUACAAAUUAAGACAUUCUUCUGCUGUUAAAAAGGUUACUAACUCUCCUUUCCCUAAUAUAUCUAUUGCCAGCAUAAAAUUAGUAUGAGAAAUAAUUUUAAGCCAUUUUAAAAGGGUGGGAGAUUUUUGUAGUUAACAUGGCACUAAACACCUAGCAUUAUUUAAAUGUCAUUCAACAAUACCAGUUUGGAAGUCAGAAUGAAAUUAUUGGGGAAAAAUUGGGUAAUUUCCCACCUGUGACUCCAUAUUAACUUUUUCUUAUGUUCCCCCUCAUUUCAAAAUUGAGGAAAGCUAGCUACACAUUUACAAGGCUAUUUACGGGUUACAUAAAAAUUAAAUUCCUUUUUCUCUUUUGUGCUAUUUUUAAAGUGACUUACCUGAUAAAGAUGAGAAGCAAUGUGGCAAGAUAAUUUAUACUUGGUGUGCCUAGUUUGGAAUAGACGGUCAAAAUGCUAACAUGUUUUCAUAGAUCAUCUCUGUUGUAUGAACAAUUAGUGAUUGCUUUAGAAGUUACAGCUGAGAUUGAGAAAUAUCUAUUGUAUGAAAAUAAGAAUAUUGCAGAUACGCCUCUUCCAUAUCUUUUUAAAAUGGUGAAUUUAGUUUUUAGUUUAUAUGAAAAGUGACAGAUGCUUUCCAAUCUACAUGCCAGAAAAUAUUGGUGUAUUUUGUCCACCCACAAAAAAGUCCUAGCAGUGUUAACACUGUGAGACAAUUGGACAAAUCAGUCUCACAAUGUAGUCAUAGGAAGUUGAGCCUGGCAACAAAUAUUAAUUCUACAUCUAGAGCUGCUACUUAAGAACUGCAUAGCUUACAUUAUGCAGUGACAUUUAGAAGUGGCACUUUCAAAACAUGACUCUUUACUCAUUUCCAUUCUGAAAUGCUUUUAUAUGUAUUUUUUGAAUUCUUUAGAAGAAAACUCAAAAGAAGCAAUGUGCUCAACUUCAGUGCUUUUAGUUUCCCCUUAGUAUUAUAUUUCAAAGAAGGGUAAACUAUAGGUUCAAACAUAUUCAUUAAAGUCUAUGCAUGAAAUUUUACUUGCAAGCCACCAGAUUGUUUUGAAUAACCCAAAGAAAUUAAAUUAUGCAAACUGUUUCAGGUUCAGCCACUCCUGAUUUUUGCUCUAAUGUCCUAAAAUAGUUUUGAGUUAAUAAGCAAUUUUAGUGCCAGUACCAUGUUGGUUAGAGAUGUAAAGCAUUUCAAGAUGUUGAAUGGGAGUAUCUGCAAGUAUCUGUAAUAAAUAAGAAUUGCAGAAGCUCAAAAAUAACUAUUAAGCAAUUUCAAAUAAAAGAACAUAAUGUCAAAUGAACAGAAUAUAUAUAUGAAUUGACUAUAGCAAACAUAAAGAAAUAUUACUCCAUAAAAUGAAUUGAAAUAAAAUGAGCCACAUAUAAAGUUCAAUCUAUUAGAGAACAUAAAAGGAAAGCAUUGUUACUUUAAAAGACUUCUGUAAGCCUGGUCUUCUAAAACAUUUUUUGUCAUUUGAGUUAUAAAAACUAAGUUAUUACAUUAAGUAAUUGGAGUACCAGAUUUCCUAAUUUAAUAGAAAUUUUGUGAGUCAUAACUGAUUAAAUCAUAUGCUAUGAAGUACGUGCUAAAUCUGAGUUAAUACACUGAAGUGCACUGACUGUGAUUGCUUAUCACAGAAUCUGAGUAUUAAAGACCAUGCUUAAACUCAAGCAAUGUACAUUCUUUUCCAAAUAUGGGACUUUCCUCAAAAUUAAAGAGCUUUCAAUUUAUUUUA